AUGGGUGACCACAUUGAGACCACGACCUCACAAAUCAUAGAACAGAAGGAUGCUUCGAUUCAGGCACCUUUGAAGGACGGCCUUGACAAACAGACUCUCAUCGACCACACCGUCGACUCACUUCUCACACCACCAAAGUCUAUUUAUGAUGAUUAUCCCAUCAAGCUCGUCGACAGAUACAUAGACGAGCCACGGGAACUGAGAGUAGCCGUAGUUGGAGCAGGUCUCUCGGGCGUACUUGCUGGCAUCCUUCUUCCAGCAAAGGUUCCCGGUAUCAAACUCUCGAUUUAUGAGAAGAACGCCGACGUGGGCGGCACUUGGUUCGAAAACAUCUACCCAGGCGUCCGUUGCGACGUACCAGCCCACGUAUAUCAAUCAACCUUCGACCCCAACACACAAUGGACGGAGGAAUUCGCCCAGGGCGCUGAGAUCCGUGACUACUGGCAGGGCCUGGCGCGCAAAUACGACGUUUAUAAGCAUCUUCAUCUUGCACAACGGGUUGAGGGCUUGAAUUGGGUAGAAUCGCGCUCAGUCUGGCAAAUCACCAUCCGCGACCUCGCGACAGACGUGAUCCGCACAGAGGAGGCCGAGUUCGUCCUCACAGCCAUAGGCCGUUUCAAUGCCUGGAAGUUACCAGACUACCCCGGAAUCAAGGACUUCAAGGGACUCCUCAGACACGCCUCAAACUGGGAUCCCAGCUUCGACCCGAGGGAAAAGAAGGUCGCGGUGAUUGGCAACGGCGCCAGCGGCAUUCAGCUGACGUCAAAUCUUCACAAGGUCGUCUCGCGCCUGGACCACUAUGCGCGGAAUAAGACAUGGGUGACGGCCUCAUUCGCGGGCGAUGAGACCUCUAUCGAACCCAUCGUUAUCCCAGAGGACCUCAGAGAGACAUUCCGCAAGGACCCCGAGGCAUACCUCCAGUACCGCAAGGAGCUGGAGAGCAAAUACUUCCGCCACUUCACUGGGUGGCUCAAGGGCUCCAGCGAAAAUGAUGAGGCGCGAGAAAAGUUCCGCAAGUUCAUGAACGACAGACUCACCAAGAAACCUGAGCUCAUCGACGCCCUUAUCCCAGAGUUCUCACCCCACUGCCGUCGCCUAACACCCGGACCGGGCUACUUCGAGGCCAUCUCCUCAGAUAAAACGGAGCAUAUCCAGACGCGCAUCAAGAGGAUUACGGAGACGGGCAUUGAGACGGAAGACGGUAAGCACCGCGAAGUCGACGCAAUCUUCUGCGCGACGGGCGCGAACGUCGAUAUGGCGCCUCCAUUCCCCAUCACGGCAAAGGGCCAGGACCUUCGCGAGCUCUGGCGACCCGAUGGCCCGUAUACCUACUUCGGCUCCGCGACGCCCGGGUUCCCAAAUUUGCUCUUCGUCCACGGGCCCAACGGGUCGGGACGCUCCGGCACGGUCCCGCACAACGUCGAGAACCAGAUCACGUAUUUCGCACGCAUCCUCCGCAAGGCGAGCCGCGAGGGAAUCAAGACGAUUCAGCCCACCAAGAGGGCCGCGGAUAACUUCACGCAAUACUCUGACGCGUUCUUCGCGACGACAGUGUUGUCGGAGAACUGCAGCUCAUGGUACAAUAGCGGUAAAGCCGGCUCGAGGAUCCACGGCCUGUGGCCUGGGUCUGCAACGCUGGCGACGAUUGUGCAGCGGGAGCCGCGGUGGGAGGACUUUGAGUAUGAGUAUGUUGGGGACUCGGAGAAUCCAUUCUUGUGGUACUUUGGACUUGGAUGCACGAAGAGGGAGCUGGACCCGGAAGCUGAUGUGACACCUUACUUGAAGGCUGGAGGCGUGGGUGUUAAAGACGUUCACGAAAGCUGGCAUAGUGUUCCUUAG